GAAGAGCAAAGAGAAGAGAUAGUUGUGUCAAUAAUUUUCGUAGCAUUUUAAAUAUUUCAAAGUGAUAUUUGCCAGAAGUUAAAGUGUAUUUUCAAAAGUUUACUAAUUAUUCUCGUUGUGUAUUUUCUUGGAGAAGGAAAUCAGUUAUUCUAAGAUGGCUACAGAAGUGAGCUCAGCCCCCAUGGCGAUUCCGCAACUGCAGAGUGUGCAGAAGGCCAUGGCCAUCCCCACAGUCGGGGCCGCCGUUGGACAAGUUGGAGCGCUAUACACCAGAGUUAAGGAUGCACACAGCCUGUUAGAAUGGGCACUCUCCACCGCAGAAGCCGGAGUGACCCUCGCAGCCCACACAGCAGCCCCAUACGUGUCAGCACCCCUUGCUGUCGGAGACGCCAAAGUUGCUGGCUACAUUGAUGCCCUUGAGAAGAAAGUACCUCUAGUCAACGAACAGCCACAAGUCAUCGUUGAGACCACAAAGAAGGCUGUGCUGUCGAAAAUCUCACCACAUGUCAAUAAGGUUAUGGGCUGCCGCGUCGCCGCUGAGCAACGCGUGAAGUCACUCAAGGAGCUCUCGUGGGCUAAGGCCAACGCUCUUCUCAACACAGCUUAUGGUCAGAAAGCGCUCGUGAGCGUAGACAGUGGCGCCACCUACGCCAUGCAACUGUUAGACCACUACCUACCCCCUGUGGGACCUCAGGAAGAAUCUGUUGAAAUAGUGGCAGCCACGAACGACCCAGCUCUUCACACAGUACAGACGGUGGGACGACUUAGCGCCGUGGCCGCGCGCAGAGUGUGGGCCAACCUGGCGUACAAAGUCAACGAGCUGAGGCAAUCAGGCAUAGACUUCGAUGUGACUCGCUACCUCAAAGCAUUGCUUGCUGCUCUACACCUAGCUUCAGUUACCAACCUGUCGCUCCAAAAAGAGGCAGCUAAGGAGGAACAACCUGCCACCCCCGCAGAGCCAACGACCUCCGAAGCCCCCCCGGACCCAGAAACUGCCCCCACCACCACCAAGAAAGUCAAGUCUACUCCUGAAGGAAAAUCCGCUAAUCAUUCCAAAAAUAAAUCUAAUUAACUUUUAUAAUGCUACAAUGUCGAUAUACUGGCUUUAUCCACAUUGUUUUAGCUGUAAGGAAAGCACUAUUUUAUAAUUUUAAUAUUUAAAAUUGCUAUAAUUAUACACCGCCUAGCGUUUUGAUAAUGAUAUUGAAUUGUAAUGCUUUUUAAUAUUUGGAAAUGUAUUUACAAUAAAACAAUUUGUAUUUUA